CUCUAAGGCGAUUCAUCUCUCUUAAGAGAGCGCUAUAACGAGCCCAUUGACAGAAAGGAAGCCGUGGAGUGGGAGGCCCCGAAUGGAGGGGGUACGCCAGCGAGGCGUAGCCCCAGUGCGGGUCCGGCCCUGGUCGAGGAUGUACGAGGCCAAGUGUCUAGUGAUGGACUAUGGGACUGCCGCGGCCCCCCAGCCACAGCCCCAGCACCACCAGUUCCACCAACUCCACCCGUUGGCGCCCGAUCAGUCCGCGCGGUGGAGUCAAUACCAGCAGCUAUGGAGGCAGCAUCACAUGUUCAUCAACGGCAAAUCCUGUGGGAAAGAGAGUCCAGAGAAGAAGGAUGAAUCAGAGCUAUGGGGAACUAUGGAGGCACAGACCGCCUUCCUCGGCCCCAAUCUCUGGGAGAAGACAUUACCUUACGACACAGAUCUCAAGUUGGAGAAGAUAAAUAUAGAGUCAGAGACGAGUGUGACUAACAGAGAGCGUUGCCUUCGACAGUACGUGGACUUGGACGAGUUCCUGUCAGAAAAUGGAAUCCCAGUGGAGGGUGGCCUGCAGCAGCCGUCGAGCUCGGGAUGCCUCAAGGAACCGGGCCGGGCCUCGCCCACCAGCAGCACGCCUCAAGUCCUCACCAAGCGGGAGCCCAGCCCAAGUCCCUCGGAGGCUAUGAGUCCGCUCACGAUAUCACCGCCCUCGCCGGCUGAGUCCACACUCUCAUUCGCCUCAUCGAGCAGGGAUGCCUUUGAUCCACGAACAAGAGCUUUUUCUGACGAAGAACUCAAACCACAACCAAUGGUUAAAAAAUCACGAAAACAGUUCGUCCCAGAAGGGUUAAAGGAUGAGAAAUACUGGGCACGACGCAGGAAAAAUAACAUGGCAGCUAAAAGAUCGAGGGAUGCAAGGAGGAUGAAGGAGAACCAGAUUGCUCUGCGAGCAGGAUUCCUUGAAAAAGAGAAUUUGGGUCUUCGGCAGGAAAUGGACCGACUUAAGAAAGAAAACCUUGCAUUGCGGGAUAGGCUGUCAAAAUUCACCAAUGAGAUAUAACAUUUGUAAGCGGCGCUUCCCUCCAUCCGGCUGGAUCAUUGUCGAAUGUAGGAUAAAUAAGGUGUUUUCUAAAAACAAGCAAAGAACUGAUGAAGAGGUGGUGAGGAAGGACAAAGAUGGAAGGCAAUUCUACCAUUGACAAGAAUCUCAGUGCAGGGUUUGGGGCACAAUGGAAAGACUCAUCGUUGUGCUAGUUGAGAAACAUCAAGAGAUCUCCUCUUUCAAUGUGCGCCGCUGACAUAUCGUUAUAUUACCAAAGUGGACUGCAGAUCAUACAGGCAAUGUUCCUUGAUCCGACAAAUAUAAACACUGAAAAUAUAUAUAAAAAGAUGAGUAUAUCAUAUAUGUGUGUGUAUGUAUAUGUAUGGUUAUGUAUGUAUAUACAUAUAUAUAGAUACACAUAUAUUAAUGCACACAUAUUUAUAUAUACACACUUACACUUAUAUAGAAAAAAAAAUGAUGCACAUCAUCUUGAUUGCGACAUUCAUACCCGUUCCGAUAUUGCCUGCAACAAAUGCUCCUGUGUCAACUCGUUAUUGCAACAUUUGAUCCACAAUUAUCCCAUUCAGACACUGAUUGAUUGUAUCUUUCUUUGUUUAUAUAAGUAGUAUAUAGAUAGAUUAGAAUAUAAUACAAUUAGAUUUUGUGUUUAAUGUUUAUAUGCAGUAUUUCUAUAAAACUUCUUAUAUAGCAUCAAACAGUAAGUUACUAAUAGCUUUGAAUAUGUCCGAAAUAAAAAUCUAGUAACAAACUUGUAUAUGAAGCUUAUAAAAAUCAGUUCUGUCAUUUUAUAGCUUCGUUAAACAAUUAUUAUUCUUAGUUGUCGAUUAUUUACUACAUUUAAUAUUGGUCAGAUGAUUUCAUAAUAUUUGUUGUGUAGUUAGAAAAUUUACAAUUUAUUCCAAAAUUUCAUCAUAAUGACCUUAGGGGAAUAACCCAAUUAUGAAAGAGAAGUAUUAAUUUCACCAAGGCCACCAAUUUUCAUUAAAUUUAUUCUAUAAAGUUUCUGGAUAGUAGUUUUUUUGAGUCAUUCUGUUUUAAAUAUCAAUAUUCUAUGGCUAAAUGUUUAGAAUUUCAACUAGUUUAUAGAGCUUUAUCUAUCCAACAUAAAAUAAGCAUAAAUAUCGAUUAUUUAUAGAAAUAAAUAUAUAACCCAAGAUGUUAAGGUAUAUUGAGCACAAGUUAUCUCCCCUUAUAUUCUACUAGUGCUAACUAUACCCUUUAUAUAUAUAUAAAUAUUAGUAUAUUCUCAAAAUACUCCUUUAAAGAUUAGAUAUUUUCAAGUGGUACCAUGUGUCUGUGUUAUUAUUUUGUACUUAAAAAUGCCUGAGUAAUAAAAUUUAUUUAAGAGGUGCUUCUUUGUUCUGUAAAACUAUAUUAAAGAUGGCUGAGUUACCAUAUAGAUUGUCGGAAUAAGGUGUAGUGAAUCAAAUCAGUUAAUUUAUAUAUCGUAAACCUGGGAGCAGCCGUAUGGAUAUUGUAAUAUUUUAUUGUUUAAUUUUUUUUUUGUACAAAUUAAUGAUUCCUAAUUUCAAACAAUAUGUUAUGUGAGUUGUAAAUUGUUUAUACAAAUUUACAAGCACGUGUGAUUAUAAUUAUUUAUAAUUUUAGUUUAGGCUAUUCAUUUUGAGAAGAAUUCUUUCAUCUCUCAAAAUUUUGUUCAAGAUGUUGGAAAACGGUGAAACUGAAUUUAUAUAGUAACAGUGAAAUGAAAUGUUUUCUCACAGGAAGCUGAAUAUAAUAUACUGAUGUUAUUUUAUUGUGUUAUGAAUGAUGUUACUUCUUGUCAUGAAAUAUUGAAGUAUUGGUCGAUUGUAAACUGCUGAGAUAAAUUUAAGAGCACAUUCCAGUUUUAUAAUAAUUAAUUUUAAAAUAGCUCGUUGUUAUGCUUAUAGAUAAUUUUUUUCUUUUUUAAUGUUAUUUUUGUUUUUAUAAAUUGUUUCAUUAAGAAAAGUUCAAGCUUUAUUUGAGAGAUACUUUGUUAUGCACUGUUCAGUUUCAUGAAUGGGAAUGGGAAACAUGUAUUUCAGAUUGUAAAUGUUAUUUACCUGUUAUUUUUGUUUAUUUUUAAAUAAAAAACUUAUAACAAAUGUUUAAAUUAUAU